CCCUUCCGUCUCCAAUGGCUCUUCCCCUGUUUCUGUUCCUUCUCUUCUCCCUUCUUCCCCCUCUCCAUGCCACCGCCACCGCCACCAACCAAUCCCACUUCUUCACUCUCAUCAAAGCUUCCCUCUCAGGUCCCACCCUCUCCGACUGGGACAUCGACGGCGGCAAACCCUUCUGCAACUUCACAGGCAUCGCCUGCAACACCCAGGGCCAGGUCGAAAAGUUCGACAUCUCAUGGAAGCAAAUCUCUGGCAGCUUCCCUCCCGAUAUCUGCUCCUACCUCCCCAACCUACGCAUCCUCCGCCUCGGCCACAACCAUCUCCGCGGCAGCGAUCAAUUCCUCCCCACCAUCGUCGCCAACUGCUCGCUCCUCGAAGAGCUCGACAUGAGCACUCUGUACCUCGCCGGCAAACUCCCUCCCGAUUUCUCGCCCCUGAAAUCACUCAGAGUCCUCAACAUGUCCUACAACCUUUUCACCGGCGAUUUCCCACUCUCUGUCGCCAACCUCAGCAACCUCGAGCUCCUCGACUUCAACGAGAAUGGAAACCUCAAUUUAUGGCAGCUUCCCGAUAGCUUCUCCCGAUUGACCAAGCUCAACACCAUGAUACUGACAACCUGCAUGGUGCGAGGUACGAUCCCCCGUUGGCUAGGGAACAUGACCUCGCUCGUCGAUCUCGAGCUGAGCGGGAAUUACCUCACAGGAGGAAUUCCCGUACAGCUCGGGCAGCUGAAGAAUCUUCAGUCGCUCGAGCUGUACUAUAACUACGAGCUCUCUGGCUCCAUACCUGAAGAGCUCGGCAAUCUGACCGAGCUCGUGGACCUGGACAUGUCGGUCAACAAGUUGACCGGCAACCUCCCGGCGUCUAUAUGCCGCCUGCCGAAGCUCCAAGUGCUGCAGCUUUACAACAACAGCCUGUCAGGAGAGAUUCCCGACGCUUUAGCCGAGUCAACAUCACUGCGCAUUUUGUCGCUGUAUGGCAAUUCUCUAACAGGGGAAGUUCCGAAAGGGCUCGGGAGACUGUCGCAAAUGAUGGUGCUUGACUUGUCGGAGAAUCGGCUCUCGGGGGAUUUGCCGGCGGAGAUUUGCAACGGAGGUAAGCUGCUCUACUUUCUUGUACUGGAUAAUUUGUUCUCCGGGGAGCUACCAAAGAGCUUGACGCAAUGCAAGACUCUGUUGCGAUUCCGCGUCAGUCACAACCGUUUGGAAGGGUCGAUCCCUGAGGGACUUCUGGGUCUCCCACAUGCUUCAAUUAUUGAUCUUGCUUACAAUAAUUUCACUGGUUCGAUUGAUAAAUCGAUCGCCGUUGCUAGAAACUUGUCCGAGCUUUUCAUCCAGAGCAACAAGAUAACAGGGACACCGCCGCCUGAAAUCUCUGGCGCUGUAAACCUGGUGAAGAUGGAUCUCAGCAAUAAUCUCUUGUGGGGAGGAAUCCCUCCACAGAUUGGGAACCUCAGAAAGCUUAAUCUACUCAUGCUGCAAGGAAACAAGCUCAAUUCUUCAAUCCCCAAUUCGCUCUCUUCCCUGAAAUCACUCAACGUUCUUGAUCUUUCCAACAACCUUUUGACUGGGACUAUCCCAGAGAGCCUCGGUGAACUUUCAGCGACUUCCAUAAACUUCUCAAACAAUCUCCUCUCUGGUCCAAUCCCAGUUAUACUGAUCAAAGAAGGGCUUGUGGAGAGCUUCUCAGGAAACCCGGGCCUCUGCGUUCCGGUUCCCGUGACUUCAUCGUCCAAUCAAAUGUUCCCAAUAUGCUCACAGAGAAGCAGCUACAAAAAGAAGAUGAACUCCAUCUGGGUAAUUGGCGUCUCAGUAGCCAUCAUAGUUGUCGGGAUCCUGCUACUCCUCAAACGUCGAUUCGGUAGAGAAAGGGCCGUGAUGGAGCACGACGAGACCAUGUCCACGUCCUUCUUCUCCUACGAUGUGAAGAGCUUCCACCGAAUAAGCUUCGACCAGAGACAGAUAGUUGAAUCCAUGGUCGACAAGAACAUAGUGGGGCGCGGUGGGUCAGGCACGGUGUACAAGAUCGAGCUCAGCAGUGGGGAAGUGGUGGCAGUGAAGAGGCUGUGGAGCAGCAAAAGAGGGAAAGACUCGGCAUCAGAUGUCACUUCCCAGUUGCUUAUGGACAAGGAGCUGAAGACGGAGGUGGAGACACUUGGGAGCAUAAGGCACAAGAACAUAGUGAAGCUCUACUGUUACUUCUCGAGCCUGGAUUGCAGCCUGCUGGUUUACGAGUACAUGCCGAAUGGGAACCUGUGGGAUGCGCUGCACAAAGGGUGGAUUCAUCUGACUUGGGCUGCACGUCAUCAGAUAGCACUUGGGGUCGCCCAAGGGUUAGCGUACCUUCAUCAUGACCUGUUGCCACCAAUCAUCCACCGGGAUAUCAAGUCCAGCAACAUCCUGUUGGAUAUCCAUUACCAGCCUAAGGUUGCAGAUUUUGGGGUAGCCAAGGUUUUGCAAGCUAGAGGUGGGAAAGAUUCCACUACUACUGUUAUUGCUGGCACAUAUGGUUACUUGGCUCCAGAGUAUGCAUUCUCAUCGAAGGCAACUACCAAGUGCGAUGUGUACAGUUUUGGGGUCGUGCUGCUGGAGCUAAUAACGGGGAGGAAGCCCGUCGAGGCAGAAUUUGGAGACAACAAGAACAUCAUUUAUUGGGUCUCAACCAAAGUGGAGACCAAGGAGGGAGUGAUGGAAGUCCUAGACAAGAAGCUGUCAGGAUCCUUCAGAGAUGAGAUGAUCCAAGUCCUUAGGAUCGCCAUUCGAUGUACCUGCAAGACUCCGGCCCUAAGGCCAACCAUGAACGAGGUUGUCCAGUUACUUAUCGAGGCAGAUCCUUGCAGAUUCGAUUCAAGCAAGCCGUCGAACAAGACCAAGGAGACAUCAAAUGUGAGCAAGAUCAAGAACCCAUUUGAGUUGUGAUCUGCACAUAGAAGUGGGCAGGGUUUGAUGACGAAGAAGGUUAUAGGUCAAACGCAUAACUAUAGAAUCUAUAUAGAAGUAUUAUAUUGAUCAGAAUAGUGCAUGGCCUCCUUGUAGCUUAUAUGAAAUUGAGAGGCUAAUCAUAAAGAUCAUCAACUUGCUCUUUUUUUCAAUAACCUUUUGAAC